AUGUUUCGAUCGAUACCGCGACGGCUCCCUCGUCUCCCCGUUACGACUGCUCCCCGUUUGGCCCUGCGCUCGUUCACAUGCGGCUAUCCUCGGAUGUCGUCACCGACCGUCCAGCCCCCCGUGUCCACGACACUGCCAUCCGACGCAUUCCAGCUGUUGUCGACCGCAGACAAGGCUGGUUCUGCUGAAGAUGCGCUCUUCGAACAGCAGGUCCGGGAUGUGGAGGCAUGGUGGAGCUCGCCCCGUUACGAGGGUAUCAAGCGUUCUUACAGCGCGGCCGACGUCGUGAGCAAGCGUGGCUCGUUGCAACAGUCAUACCCCAGCUCUUUGAUGGCUCGGAAGCUAUUCAAUCUGUUGAAUGAGCGUGCGGCUGCUGGAGAACCCGUGCAUACAAUGGGUGCUAUCGAUCCUGUACAGAUGACCCAGCAGGCUCCCAAUCAAGAGAUCCUCUAUAUCUCUGGCUGGGCAUGUUCGUCACUCUUGACUUCCACCAAUGAAGUCUCUCCCGAUUUUGGCGAUUACCCCUACAACACAGUGCCGAACCAAGUCCAGCGUCUGUUCAAGGCUCAGUCUAUGCACGAUCGCAAGCAGUGGGAUGCGCGACGGAAGAUGUCUGCCGAAGAGCGCAAAUCCACACCAUAUGUUGACUAUAUGCGACCAAUCGUUGCGGACGGUGACACCGGACACGGAGGCUUGUCGGCUGUUCUCAAGCUCGCCAAGCUAUUCGCAGAGAACGGUGCCGCGGCAGUGCACUUCGAAGACCAGCUUCACGGCGGAAAGAAGUGUGGCCACUUGGCGGGUAAGGUGCUUGUCCCCAUGGGCGAACACAUCAAUCGCUUGACUGCUGCACGAUUCCAGUGGGACAUGAUGGGUUGCGAGAACCUUGUCAUUGCACGCACUGACUCCGAGAGCGGCAAGCUGAUCAGCAGCGCCAUUGACGUGCGCGACCACGAGUUCAUUCUUGGUAUCACCGAGGAGGUGGAGCCGUUGGCCGAAACUCUGCAGGCCAUGGAGCGUGAGGGCGCCACUCCUACUGAGAUUGACGCUUUUGAGCUUGAUUGGGUUAAGAAUCAUAAACUUGUCUCCUUCGAUGAGGCCGUUGACGCACACCUUCAGGCUGAGGGUGCUUCUCAAUCGGCACGGGAUGCCUACAAGGCUCAUGUCAAGCAGAACCCCGAUCUUUCCUUCUCUCGUCGUCGGGCUCUGGCUAGCGACUACACCAAGACUCCGGUGAUCUGGUCGUGCGACAGCUGCCGUACUCGCGAAGGAUACUACCACUACCGCGCAGGAUUCCCGGCCGCGACCAAGCGCGCCAAAGAGUUUGCUCCUUACGCUGACCUGCUGUGGGUCGAGACUGGCGAUCCCAACGUCGAGCAGGCUGGCACUCUCGCCGGUGAAGUUCGCGCUAAGUACCCUGGCAAGAAGCUCGUGUACAACCUUAGCCCGUCCUUCAACUGGAUGGCCCAGGGCUUUGAUGAGGCUUCUCUGAAGUCCUUCAUCUGGGACAUCGCCAAGCACGGAUUCGUCCUGCAACUGAUUUCCCUGGCUGGCCUGCACAGCAAUGCAACCAUUACCACCGAACUCUCUCGCGCAUUCAAAGAUGAGGGUAUGCUCGCCUACGUGAAGCUGGUCCAGUCCCGUGAGAAGGAGAUGGGCGUGGAUGUCCUGACACACCAGAAAUGGAGUGGUGCUCCCUAUAUGGAUGGUAUCCUUGGUGCCAUUCAGAGCGGAAGCAGCAGUAGCAAGAGUAUGGGCGAGGGCAACACUGAGAAGGGCUUCUAA